UCGUGGCCGGGACUUGCUGGCGAAGGGUUGCAUCCAGUAGUUCCUGUCGCUCGUUUUUGCCCCAUUACCGUUGACAUUAUAAGUGUGGUUUCUCUGUUCUCGUGGGACUUCGUGAAGGACACUUACAUGCGCCAAGCGAGUGUUGCGUGUGACCGUAAACAAAAAGCCCAGGUGUGAAUAAUUUAAUAAAUUUCACGAUUCAUUUUGCCAGAACACUUCCUGGUAAUGGCUCGCAGGUUGUAAUGAAAUAAUUGUGAUUUCAUAGUGAAAAGUAAAACUUUUUUUGUACAAAAACUGUAAAUAUGGCACCAGUUACUUUUUCUGCUUAACGAAUGCAAGUAUAACUAAAUAACUCCUAAAGUUACUACACUGAAGUUAAUGCAGGAGAAACUUAUAAUGUAAAAGAAGUUAAUGGACCGUUUCUACUUUGAAAAGACAUCCAUUAUUAACAGUGAAUCGGUAUCAUGUUCGAAUAUAAAUGUCUUUUUUCUAUACUGAAAAUUCGAUUCAUUUAGAUUUGCUCAGAAUAUCUACCGAAGCUCUGAAGGGAAAAUUGCUCUUUGGAAUACCUGUUUAAUUUUCUGGUGACAUGGAAGUAGGGGCAUCUACAGAUCUUUUAUUUCAUGUGGUCAAACCGACAACAUAUGAGUAGAAAAGUGUGUCGUAGCAUAAUAUUAAAGUACUCGAAUCUUCGAACAUAAAAAUGCAUACUAUCAUCAAAGCACAUUCGUAAGAAAGCAUUUUUGUGCACAAGACUUCAGCACCUGGGGUAAAAUUCACACUAAAAUACAUGAACAGCACAAAGUGGUGUCCUGCCCAGUGACUCGUGAACAGCAAUGAUGCCCCGAAGUGGCCCGGAGAGGAAAAGAGCGGGGCCCUUAAGCCCUUCGGCUUUAAGGGAGGAAGAGGAGAGAUUUCAUUUUCAGCAGAAGGACUGUAUUGUACCGUGGUGUUCUCCAGCCCUCGGGUUUCCCCAGGUCAAAUGCGGGCUGGGGUUCUUUACCCUGGUCGUAUUCAACAUGGUUUUCACAGGCCAUUGCUACAUCAGAGAUGCCCACGGUCCCCACAUGGACGUGAAACCCCUGCGACUAUGGCCCCGACCCCCUCCCCCUCAAGUGGACCCAUCCCAUUCCAGUGACGUCACAGCCCUGGCUGGAAAGAGCGCCAUCCUGAACUGCAGAGUGCAUAACAUUAAUAACAAGACGGUCUCCUGGAUCCGUCACCGAGACAUUCACUUGCUCACAGUUGGCAGAUAUACAUACACGUCCGACCAGAGAUUCAGAGCUCUGCACGAAGAGGACUCCGAUGACUGGGUCCUCAAGAUUAACUACGUGCAGCUGAGAGACUCAGGAAUGUACGAGUGCCAAAUAUCCACCACGCCCCCAGUGUCACAUUUCAUAAGGCUUAAUGUUGUCAAACCCCAAACACAAAUCUUAGGAGGACCUGACAUGUACAUAAACAGAGGUUCGACCAUCAACCUCACUUGCGUGGUCGAAUUCAGCCCUGAGCCGCCUGAUUUCAUCUUCUGGAAUCAUAAUAACAAGAUCAUAAGCUAUGACUCGACCAGGGGGGGCGUUACGGUGAUCAUAGAGAAGGGUGACAUCACCACCAGUUCUCUCCUGAUCCAAAGGGCGCAACCUGCUGACUCCGGACGCUACGAGUGUAACCCCUCCAACGUCAGCCCUUCGAACAUCACUGUGCACGUCUUAAAUGGAGAACACCCAGCAGCCAUACAGCACGGAGGCCAGGGAACCUACACAUCUUCCUCCUUCAGAAACAUCCUGGCUCUUCUGGCGUGUCUAGCCAUAGGACAGCGAGUCCUUCAGUGAAAGUGGAGUCUUCCGACAUUUAGUGUGGGUAUGAAUUCUGGAUGAUUUUAAGAACAAAAACAUGACCAUUUUGGAGUAAACAGGAAAUGUCAAUCCCACCACCCUCCCCAAAAACCCAUAUUCCUUUCUUUUGGACGAAUUUGUAUGAAUUUUGUCUAUUUCGGGGUGAAUAGGAAAUAUCAAGCACAACCCCCACCCUAACGUUAAACCUCCAAAUUCCUCACAGAGACAGCUAUAGCUGGGAUCCUUAGAAAGGGCCGGUUUUUGAAAAAAAUUAAAAAUCUUUAACAACUAGAAAAUUUAUCUUAUCCCUGCGUGACAUUUCUGUGUCCGGAUCAGAAGAAUGGAUCAGUUUCCCGAAUAUGACAAGGGCAUCUAUUUUCUCCACAAAAUCCCCGAUAUAAGACUUUCAAAAAGAAAAAGAAAAAAGGGGUACAAUGCCAAGCACAGAUUCUUCAUCCAUCUCAAAGGGUUUACAGAAUAGCAAACAUACAGGGAUAGUGGUGUUCUUUUAUUUUGUAUAUCAGGUAGAUGGAGAGAUAGAGAGAUUUGUUGUAAAGCGCAAGAACUAUUUUCUCCCUUCGGUCGUAGCCUCUCCUACUCAAGGUUUCACUUUCUUAGAAUUUCAGUUUGUGACUUGAGAAGGACAGGGCAAGUCUGAGUGACAGUAGUUUACUGAGAGGUUUACAAGAUGAUGAAUAUUUCGUGAACCCGAAUUUUCCCAGAUUAUAUUUUACGAUUUUUGUUGUUGCAUAAAUUAAAAAAUUUUAAAUAGGAGAGAGAGAGAGAGAGAGAGAGAGAGAGAGAGAGAGAGAGAGAGAGAGAGAGGUGGAUAUUGGCGGAAGGAAGUAGGAGAAUAGGACUUAAAUAUCACAAAUAAUUCAUUGAUAUAUAAUCACUAAAGUAUGGGGUUAUCAAAUAAGAAUACAUUAUUAUUUUUGUAUAAUUAUUAUGUCUCUAGAAUAUUGAACAAUUAUCCGUAAGAUUAUACAUAAAUACAUACAUAUACAUACUUUUCAAGAUGUUUUUUUCCAUUAAAAAAUGUGUUAUUGUUUUCCUGAUAAUUGUGUACUAUUUCCUUUAUUUUAUGCAACUAAUUAUGACAAUGGCAGUUAUUAUCAUUACGAUAGUCGUAUUUGUCAUAACCUUGAAGAUGAGCCUUUUUCAUUUAGUCUAUCAUAUCUUUAUUUUUCUUAAAUUGUUAUGAAUAAUCAGUAAGUUAUUCUAGUAAUCCUUGUUUUGAUGUUUGACAUUUGUCAUCAAAUCAUAAUAUUUGUGUUUGCUAAUCACAUGCUAACUCAGCAGACCAACUAGAUUGAGAAACUAAUUUCGAAUAAUGGGAAAAAGAAAAAAUUGAUGAAUAUAGGAAACAAGGAAAACAAAGACGGAAAUUGAUAUAAUGGGACAUUUAAGAAAUUCAUGAACAUUUUAAUGUGUAGAUAAUUAAAAACUUACAAAAAAAAUAUUUAGAACCGGUUUAAAAAAAAAAAACUUUCUUAAAGCGCGCUGACGAACAAAUGUAGAAGAUUAUUUUGUUUUAUCAUUUCUAACCUUCAUAGCAAAAUUUUCAGAUCAAAGAACGCUGAGCUAAAAGCCAACGACAAUAUGGAAUGAAAUAUGUUCUAUUAUGUGGACGUGCUCUGCAUAUCACAAACACACGGACAUAACUAAGACCUUGGAUUCUAAAAUCCUUCAAAUCCAAUAGGCAAAUUAUUAUUAUUAUUAUUAUUAUUAUUAUUAUUAUUAUUAUUAUUAUUAUUAU